AUGGCGCCGCUCGACAGUGACUUCGGUGGCGAGGCGGCUGGUCUGCUUAACGAGCUGGCCUGGGACGGACCUCCCAGACGCUCAACUCGUGAGAGAAACACCACAUCAUACUUCGCUGCCGAGCUCACUGAGCCUACCCGCAAGCCCCGACAGGCCCCGAAGCGCAAGAGACAGGUUGCAGACGAAGCCGAGGACGACGACGCAGAGCUAGACGAGAUGCAGAUCGAAUUCACUGACACCAUUGCACCUCAACAGCGGAAGGUCAAGCUCGUCACCGAGCAAAAGAACAUUGACAAGGAGUCGCCUGUUCCCGAGUUUCCCAUGAAAGAGUGGAAUGUCAAGAUUUAUAUGGUCGAUCAGGAUGGCAACGAGAAGCCCGCCACCGCCUUCAACAAGGUUACCUACAACCUCCACCCUUCCUUCGAGAAUCCAAGUCAGACAUUCACGGAGCCUCCUUACACUUGCAAGAAUGAGGGUUGGGGUGAAUUCGAAAUGUCCAUCGACAUGUACACCACUGAGAAGACCAAGUGCACUGUCUACCACGACUUGAACUUCCAGAAGCCGCGCUACGAAACUAUUCAGACGAUUCAGAUCAAGAACCCUUCGCAGGCUUUGCUGCAGAUUCUGCGCGAGACUGGCCCGGUUGCUAGCGACGAUGACCCAAAGCUCGCCAAGGCUCGCAAGGCAAACGAUGGCAAGAAGAGAAAGGCUGGCUACGAUUUCGAGAAGAUGGCUGAUGGACUCACCAAGCUCGGCGAGGACGAAUUGCUCCACGUCAUCCAGCUCAUCCACGACCACAAGAAUGAAGACACCUACACCAAGAAUGACAUGGACAACGGCGAAUUCUCGGUUGACCUCUUUACCUUGCCCGAUAAUCUUGCCCGACUGAUUUGGGACUUCCUUCUUGAGCAGAAGCUUGUCUCUGCAUAG